AUGCAUGAAAUCAUCAAUAUCUCGAUUUCUCACAGAUCUAAUCAUUUAACAACACAAUUUUAUAAUAAUAAAGAGAAAUUAUUGUACACAGAAGAUAGACCAAAUACUGUUGAUGUUUUUUUGAACGGUACCAAAGAUCUUAUAUCGAAAACUGCUUCGUACUCACCAAGGGCUCUCCUCUGGGAUUCUAAAUUAGGCAAUGGCUCAUUAGGAACUUUUCAAUAUUCAGAAUCCAACGACUACUAUGAUCCAAAUAAGGAAAAUUUGAAGGAAGUUGGAGAGUCUUUAGUAGUGACACACCCUCGAAUUCAGAAAUCGAUAUAUCAAGAGGCCUUAGACAGUGGAGCUCCCGUUCCAAAAUUGGGUAUUAAUAAUUCAAGGUAUUGGUCUGAUUAUUCUCAUUUGAUUUAUAAUUCAAAGAGUUUACAAAAUCUGAAUAGUUGGUAUCAUGACGUUGAAAAUCCAAAUUUACCUGACUUUGAAAAGUUAGGUCAACAGAAGUUUCAAAAUUAUGAGACUGGUUUUCAAGAAUUCAGUGAUAAUUAUGUUAGUGAUUUCUUCGAUAUUAAUUUACAUUAUCAAUUAGAACAAUGUGAUUCAUUACAAGGAUUUAAUCUAAUAACUGAUGUUGAUAAUGCAUGGGGUGGGUUUUCAACUGCUGUACUACAAGAAUUAAAAAAUGAGCUACCAAAGAGUAAUGUUUUCACAUGGACUUUUAACGAGGAUGAUGCAUUAAACGGCAAGACAAUGAAAGAGCGUGCUAUAACAAAGCAAUCAUUAUCAAGGAUAACACAAAAAUUAAAAGCCUCUAUUAAUUUGAUUGAAGAAUCAGACUUAUUCAUUCCGCUUUAUGCAGAUCCUAAGUUAACAAACUGGGAACUCUCUAGCAAAAUAUGUAAAAUAUUUGAUGCUGUAAACUCUGUUUUUGAUCAGAACAAUGUGGAGCAAGUAAGAUCAAUGGAGUAUCUAGUUAAUUGUAUCUCAGAUGGUACAAAUGAUCAAAAUAUUAUCUCCAACAUUACAGAAAGUCAUAAUGAGGAUGAAAUAUACUCAUAUUUCCCGUUGAUAAAUAAGUUCGAUUUAAAAUCAAAGGUCUCAUACCACGAGUUUUCUAACUGUGAUAUAAUAAGAGAAAGUAACAACAAUGAAACACUUUAUGAGAAUGAAAAGGAUAAAAACAAUAAUGAUAGAAUACAUUUAAGAACAUUGAAGACAUAUAGAUAUUUCCCUUCAGACACAAUUUCAGAUGAAUAUAAAAGUAACAAUGACAGUAAUAUAACUUUAGCAAGCACAGAAGUGUGUAGGAAUGUUUUUAAACAUUGGAAUCAUAUUGUGACAAAAUAUUUCAGGAAUGAUACUGAUAGAGAGCAAUUAAAAGAAGAUAUCUCAAGCAGAGCAGCUGCGUACGAGUAUGGCUGGUAUGACGAUGAAGACUCUGGUGAUGAUGACUACUAG